UCCUGGACUUCCAGGCUGGGGAGCGGGGCUGGGCCGCGCCAGGCCGCGCGGGGCCGGGCUGGCCUAGUUCCCGGCCUGGGAGGGGCUUAACCGUCCUUUGAUCUCUCUCUCCCUUCAGCUGAGUCCCUUCCCUGUCUUUCACUCUUCUGGCAUCGGUGGUUUUCCUUCUUCGAUUGAGCCCUGCUUCCUCGACCCCCCUGGGAGGCCGCCUCCUUCAGGCGCCUCCCUUCUCUCUACGAACUCGCUCUGACAGCUGAGGAACUGGCAAGAUCCUGCUAUCCAGAGGGUGAAUGGGUAUCUUUCCCGGAAUAAUCCUAAUUUUUCUAAGGGUGAAGUUUGCAACGGCGGCCGUGAUUGCUAAGGGCGAGGAAAAAGAUGUGAUUUAAGUGCGUGAGAGAAGAGAUAUAUAAUCCAUAUUGCUGUGAUUCCUCUGGGGGCCAGAAGAACAUCAAAAAAGUAUCAGAAAAGUUCUACUGUAAGCCAUGAGAUGUCUGGUCUGAAUUGGAAACCCUUUGUAUAUGGCGGCCUUGCCUCUAUUGUUGCUGAGUUUGGAACUUUUCCUGUGGACCUUACCAAAACACGGCUUCAAGUCCAAGGCCAAAGCAUCGAUGUUCGAUUCAAAGAGAUAAAAUAUAGAGGGAUGUUUCAUGCCCUCUUUCGAAUCUAUAAGGAAGAGGGUAUCUUGGCUCUGUAUUCAGGAAUUGCUCCUGCGUUACUAAGACAGGCAUCAUAUGGAACCAUUAAAAUUGGGAUUUAUCAAAGCUUGAAGCGGUUGUUUGUGGAACGUUUGGAAGAUGAAACUCUUCUAAUUAAUAUGAUCUGUGGUGUAGUGUCAGGAGUGAUAUCUUCCACUAUAGCCAAUCCCACCGAUGUUCUAAAGAUUCGAAUGCAGGCACAAGGCAAUCUCUUCCAAGGAAGCAUGAUUGGCAGUUUCAUUGAUAUAUACCAGCAAGAAGGCACCAGGGGUCUGUGGAGAGGUGUGGUCCCAACUGCUCAGCGUGCUGCUAUCGUUGUGGGAGUAGAACUACCAGUCUAUGAUAUUACCAAAAAGCACCUGAUAAUGUCAGGAAUGAUGGGAGACACCAUUUUAACUCACUUUGUUUCCAGCUUUACAUGUGGCUUGGCUGGGGCUCUGGCAUCCAAUCCAGUUGAUGUGGUGCGAACUCGAAUGAUGAAUCAGAGGGCAAUUGUGGGACAUGUUGAUCUCUACAAGGGCACUUUGGAUGGCAUUUUAAAGAUGUGGAAACAUGAGGGCUUUUUUGCCCUCUAUAAGGGAUUUUGGCCAAACUGGCUUCGACUUGGCCCCUGGAACAUCAUUUUUUUUAUUACAUAUGAGCAGCUCAAGAGGCUUCAAAUCUAAGAAUUGGAUAUCUGUGAUCCCAGCCUUUCUACUGUUUUUCCUUUUCCCAAUAUUCGUGUUCUAAUGUAUUUUGACAACAUUGUAAGUGUUUACUCAACCAAUGAUCUUAUAAAGACAUCCUGAUGGAAUAACAAUAGAUGGUUCAAAGUUGUUUAUGUAUUUGUGGUACCAUGUUAACUUUUCCCUGAGAGAAAGUGUUAACAUUGAGAGUCUGGCCUUAGAUUGGUAUCUUCUAUGAAGAUGGAUACUGAUGGGUAACAUUCAAAAUGAAGGUGGGUUAAAUGUAAUUGGUUAGAACCAAACUUGGGCUAGACCAGAAGGUGUAGGCAAGGACAAUUACUGCUGUGUAUGUUGUAAUAGACAUUGGUUCUCAUUAAAGUAUUUAUUGGCA